ACCUUGUGACAACAACAAUUCGUCCACAGAGCGAGCUUCACUUUUCGGAUCCUUUUCUUCCUGUCAUUCUCGCUCAAUCUUUGAUCAAUGUACUACAGCGCAGAGCCUAAAUAUCGCAUACCCCAUCUCUUUCAGAAACUCUUUUGAUUGCGAAACAAAUACAACUGGAAGAGCUCGCCCGCUCGGAUUUCUCGUCUUGAUUUCUACGAACACUUUUAUACUCUGUUUUUUUUAUACUUUGAACUUAUUCUCACUGGUGACCAUGGCCGUACCGGCUGCUUUGAUCCCCCCAACCCCGUUGGUUCAUCCACCUCCGAUCCCAACUUCUACCGCUACAACCUCCUCGCCCUCGACCGCCUCGUCUCCGUCUCCGUCAAUAGCACCUUCUGGGCAGAGCCUGUUCCGAUCGGAGCUGAUUACCACCAGCAGUCCGGGAAUCCCAGCCGGCACGCUUCCCAGCAAACCCGUGUACUCGACUCCGUCUCCGGUCGAAAACACACCGCAGAAUAAUGAGUGUAAAAUGGUAGAAUUGCGGGGCGCUAAGGUCGCCUCGUUCACCGUGGACGGCUGCGAGCUCAUCUGUCUUCCCCAGGCAUUCGACCUCUUUCUGAAGCACUUGGUCGGCGGACUGCACACCGUGUACACCAAGCUGAAGAGACUGGAGAUCACGCCGGUGGUGUGCAAUGUGGAGCAGGUCCGUAUCCUGCGAGGGCUCGGCGCCAUCCAGCCGGGAGUCAACCGAUGCAAACUCAUCUCGCGGAAGGACUUCGAGACUCUGUAUAAUGACUGCACCAAUGCAAGUUCUCGACCUGGACGGCCUCCGAAGAGGACACAGAGCGUCACGUCUCCGGAGAACCCCCACAUCAUGCCCCACACCGUGCCCGGCCUCAUGUCACCUGGAAUCAUUCCACCCACAGGCCUCACUGCUGCGGCCGCCGCAGCUGCAGCCGCCACCAACGCGGCGAUCGCCGAGGCGAUGAAGGUGAAGAAGAUCAAGCUGGAGGUGAUGAGCAGCUACCACAGCGGCAGCAACCAGCAUGGCGCUGACUCGGAGAACGGAGACCUCAACUCCAGCGUGGGUUUGGAACUUCCUUUCAUGAUGAUGCCCCACCCACUGAUUCCCGUCAGCCUACCUCCUGCCUCGGUCUCCAUGGCGAUGAGUCAGAUGAACCACCUCAGCACCAUAGCCAACAUGGCCGCCGCCGCUCAGGUCCAGAUCGCGCCAUCCCGAAUGGUGACCUCCGUUAUCAAGGAACGCGUCCCUGACAGCCCCUCCCCCGCCCCCUCCAUGGAAGACGGGCGGAGACCGGGCAGCCACGCCUCGUCCCACAGGAGCAGCAGCGUGUCCAGCUCCCCCGCGCACACAGAGAGCUCCUCGGACAGAAUCCGGCUUCUCCUGAUGUGCACGGCUCCCCUGCGUGAAGCUGUGCACCAGAACGGGCUGUCCAUGAGCCAGGCCCUGCUGGGCCUGUCCCCCAGCAUCCUGCCCGGGCCCAAGGAGGGGGACCUGGCCUGCCACGACCUGGGCCACGACGCCAAGAGGAUACACCUGGAAAAAGAUGACACGCCGAUGUGUACGCCCACGGCCAGAGACAGCUACGAGAGACUCGCCCUGUCGGGCCAGACGCUGCCUCCUGGGUUUCCCUCCCCCUUCCUGUUCCCCGAUGGGCUGUCCUCCAUAGAGACGCUCCUCACCAACAUACAGGGCCUCUUGAAGGUUGCCAUCGACAACGCACGGGCCCAGGAGAAGCAGGUUCAGCUGGAGAAGACGGAGCUGAAGAUGGAGCUCUUCAGAGAGCGGGAGCUCAGGGAGACUCUGGAGAAACAGCUGGCCAUGGAGCAGAAGAACAGAGCAAUAAUUCAGAAGCGGUUGAAAAAGGAGAAGAAGGCCAAGAAGAAACUGCAGGAGGCGCUUGAGUACGAGUCAAAAAGGCGGGAACAGGUGGAGCAGACUCUGAAGCAGGCAUCGCCGACAGACAGCCUCCGGACUCUCAACGACUCACUGACCCAGGACAUGGAGCCUGACCGCACCAGUGGCAGAGCAGAUGCUGAGAGGACAAUACAAGAUGGAAGGCUUUUUUUGAAAACAACAGUGAUGUACUGAGGCCGCGUUGUGGAGAAAGAAGAUCGAUCAGCGAAAGAUUCCAGAGGGCCUCCCACCUGGUCGACGUGACGACCGAGGCAACCUGCGUUACUUCUGGCUGUUCCUUGGACGUGCGUUUCAGCCGCAGACAGAAGGACGGUUGUGUCUAAAUGUAAAAUUAGAACUGUUUCUCCUACAGACACUGACAUCACAUAGUUAAUGGGAAACCAGGCCAGGCGUGUGUCCUGUGUUACAGGUAUGUGAGAAGGCUCGUGAUUCUGAAGGCUUAACGAUCGAGCACAGGUGACAGUACCAGGAUCAGCACUGGCAGUGAUAUUUCAAACAAUUACACAGCACUGAAGAUUUUUAUACUGUAUUUAAACCAGCGAGAAAGCUUUGAAAGAGGAAUCUGACUCAGAGUUUCAUGUUUUGUAUUCUUCAGUAAAAAUUAACUAUUAUAGUUAAAGUCCAAAAUUAUCACAAAAAAAGAAGAAAAAAAGUGAGCUUCUUAAAAAGUGGAUUUAACUAUAUGUUGAUAAAAGACACAACUAAUGUUUGAUUUAAAUGUUUUCUAAAUUAGAAGUAAAACAAUCCAACUUCCUUUUUACCAUUGUUGUAUAUACCAGAUCAGAAAUAAGGUUCACUCACUCUAUAAAAAAAAGAAGUUCAUUAAUAUGGUAUGUGUAUAUAAAUUUAAGAGAUGGUAUUGUGUAUGCAGUAGAUCUAUUAGAACAACAAUAGAAACAUUUAUAUUGAAUUUAUAGUAUCGUUUAUUUUCUUUCUGUUAAGCCAUCAUUCUAUCAAAUAGCUGCCAUCUUAGUUGAACGCAUGCAGGCAUGUAAAUGUUUGUCCUGGAGUUGCAACAAUUAAUUAAUUCUGUUUUCUGCUGAAAGCAUAUCUGGGGACGAUACAAUCAAAGUCCAGAGACGUGAGGUCCUGGCUUUCAGUCAUAGGUUUAUGGCUGUUUUUGUUUGGCUCUUUGUUGGCUGUUAUUUGUGUUGUGUAAGUAUGUCAUAUAGGUUUUUUUUCCCAGAAAUUACCUUACUUAUAAUUCAUUAUUAAGUUAAGGCCAUAUGGCUUUUGCAUAGUGUCACCCAAUUAAAUGUCUGAAAACAGCUGCUGUUAUUUUAUGUAUGUAUUUUUAAUGUUUUAGUUUCAAAAAGAGAACAUUGUGAGUGGUUAUGGCAAUAUUUGACCAUUUAUUCUCACAAUAGAACACUGCUGAUUUUAAUUCACCACCUUAAAACGACGUCCAGAUGUCCAUCAAUCAAGCCACCAUGAGUUUUGGCCUUGUCCACAUAUAAUGAUAUUACUUAUUGAUUAGUGAGUAAAUUUGGUGGUUUUUCUGUGUAACCCUUUUCUUUUUGUUCAUCUUGGUCCACGACAUAAAUCACCAUCCUCCUUGAUGUAGGUUUUAUGCAGACAUGCGUGUUUGAACAUGCAGGAGGUCUGGUCUUUGCUGUACGUUCUCUGUGUAAUGUAUUGUUGAAAAUGGAGUCCAAACAGCCAUGUGCUUUGAUUGAAUCUUCCCCUGAUGUAUCGAUUCAUCCCUUUGACCAACAGGGAGCUCAGCUGCGGUCUGUGUUUUCUCCUUGUGUACUGUUAGGGUGUUUCUUUGUGUAAAUCUAUCUAUCCAUCUCUCUCACCCUCUCUCUCACUCUCUCUCUCUCAGACACUCAGUCUUUCUUUCUCUUGCCGUUUCUCCCAAUUUCUCUCACUCUGUUUCUCCCCCUCUCUCACUCUCCCUCUCUCCCUCCCUCUCUGUUUCUCCCCCCUCUCUCACUUUCACUCCCUCUCUCUCUCUCUCUCUCUCUCUCUCUUUCUGUCUCUCAAGGAAUAAUUCCUCCUCGGUUCACAUCCUGUGCAGAUAACUGGAAAUAGGCCGAUGGCACAUACUGUUAAUAGAAAGUGUUUUUUCAAAUUAUCGGAAACGCGGAAUCUGAGUUGCCACUAAUCUAACACUUUUAACACACGGUUAUAAUGUUUUGAAACAAUGCGAAUGGGACACUUCAACACCUCACCUUUAAAAAAUAAAAAA